UGAAGAUUUGCCUCGCCCAAUAUUCUGUUGUAUCUUUCACCUGCCGAGGAUGAAAAACUGACGUUCUUCCUCAUGUUGGAGCCUAGCUGUUCAUUUUGAAGGUACAGGAUGAAAAGAUGGAACAACUGCUUGUGCCACCAGGACCAGACAGCUUCCGUCCAUUUUGUCGCGAGUCUCUUCAUGCCAUCGAGAGGAGGAUCGCUGAGGAGAAUGCGAAGAAGCCCAAGGGAGAGAAGAAAAAACGCAGCGAUGAAAAUAAGUCCAAGCCCAACAGUGACCUGGAGGCGGGUAAAUCACUCCCCUUCAUAUACGGGGACAUCCCUGAAGGAAUGGUGUCCACACCACUGGAGGACCUGGACCCUUUCUACAACAAUCAGAAAACUUUCAUAGUAUUAAACAAAGGGAAGGUCAUCCACCGUUUCAACGCCACUCCUGCCUUGUAUGUCCUAAGCCCCUUCAACCCUCUUAGAGGAAUAUCAAUUAAGAUUUUGGUGCACAAAUUGUUCAGCAUGGUGAUCAUGUGCACUAUACUUACCAACUGUGCGUUUAUGACCCUGAGUCAACCACCAGAUUGGGCAAAGAAUGUGGAGUAUACAUUCACUGCGAUCUAUACAUUUGAAUCCCUCAUAAAAAUUUUAGCUCGAGGAUUCUGUAUUGGCAAGUUCACUUUUCUGAGAGAUCCCUGGAACUGGCUGGAUUUUUGUGUCAUUGUCAUGGCGUAUGUAACUGAGUUUGUAAACCUAGGCAAUGUUUCCGCUCUUCGCACUUUCCGAGUGUUGAGAGCCUUUAAAACUAUUUCAGUAAUUCCAGGCCUGAAGACCAUUGUUGGCGCUUUGAUCCAGUCAGUGAAGAAGCUGUCCAAUGUGAUGAUCCUCACUGUUUUCUGCCUGAGCGUCUUCGCCCUAAUAGGAUUACAGUUGUUCAUGGGGCAUUUACGGCAGAAGUGUGUACGAUGGCCAGAUAAUUCCACCUUAAAUGUGACAGAAGGAAUCUUGUACAUCUUUGUAGGAGGCAUGGAAGACAACCGAACAAUCUGGAAAGACUACAGCGAGAAUAAGAGCAAUCUGUAUUUCCUCAAAGGCAAACGGGAUCCAUUGCUUUGUGGAAACAGCAGUUCAGCCGGGCAGUGCCCAGAGGGGUACAGAUGCUUCAAAGCUGGACGCAACCCAAACUUCAAUUACACCAGCUUUGACUCGUUCGGCUGGGCCUUUCUCUCGCUGUUCAGACUGAUGACUCAGGAUUUCUGGGAAAACCUUUACCAGCAGACAUUGCGGGCAUCUGGAAAACCCUACAUGAUCUUUUUUGUACUGGUGAUAUUUCUUGGGUCCUUCUACUUGGUCAACCUUAUCCUGGCUGUGGUAGCAAUGGCCUACGAUGAGCAGAACCAGGCCACCAUAGAGGAGGCCCAGCAAAAGGAGGAGGAGUUCCAGGCCAUGCUUGAGCAGCUGAAGCGACAGCAGGAGGAUGCUCAGGCUGCAGCAGUGGCGGCUGCUGCUGAGACUAGGGAGUUCAGUGACAAAGAUGGUUGCACAGAGAGCUCCUCUGAAGCAUCGAAGUUAAGCUCAAAGAGCGCUAAAGAAAGACGCAACAGACGAAGGAAAAGGAAGGAAGAGGAGGGUAAAGGGGGGGAUAAGAAGUUUCCUAAAUCGGAUUCGGAGGACAGUAUAAAGAAGACUCGCUUCCGAUUCUCUGUGGAUGCUGACUUUCUUUCCAAUGACAUGAAGUGCUCACCUGCUCAUCAGUCCUUUCUGAGUUUCCGUGGACCGCUGUUCUCACCUAGACGGAACAGCAGGGCCAGCCUUUUCAGUUUCCGGGACCAAAUGCAGGACAUGGGGUCACAGAAUGACUUUGCUGAUGAUGAGAACAGCAUUUUUGAGGACAACCUUAGCAGAAGAGGCUCCCUGUUUGUCCCUGGGACACAUGGCCGGCGCAACAGUAGCAUGAGCCAGGGCAGCUUUUUGUCACAUGUCCUGCUUCCACCCAAUGGGAAGAAGCACAGCUCUGUAGACUGCAAUGGGGUGGUGUCCCUGGUGGGCAGGACUUCACUUCCAACAUCACCUGCUGGGCUCCUUCUGCCUGAGGUGACAGUUGAUAUGGCCUCUACUGAUGACAAUGGUGACACCACGGAAACAGAGUACAGCCAGACCGGCUGUGGAUCACACCAGGAGUCUAUGGACUACCUGGAAGGCCCAGAGGCCAGACAGAGAGCUUAUAGUGUUGCAAGUGUUAUCACCAACACAGUGGAGGAGCUUGAAGAGUCAAGGCAGAAGUGUCCUCCGUGCUGGUAUAAGUUUGCCCAUACCUUCCUCAUCUGGGAGUGUUCUCCAUUAUGGCUGAGGAUCAAGAAGGCGGUGAAACUUAUUGUAAUGGAUCCAUUUGUAGACCUGGCCAUCACUAUCUGUAUUGUUCUAAACACCAUGUUUAUGGCCAUGGAACAUUAUCCAAUGAAAAAAUCUUUCUCCGACAUGCUCACUGUAGGGAACCUGGUGUUCACAGGCAUCUUCACUGCUGAAAUGCUCUUCAAGAUCAUUGCUUUGGACCCAUACUAUUAUUUCCAGGAGGGGUGGAAUAUUUUUGAUUCCAUGAUUGUCAGUUUGAGCUUGAUGGAGCUUGGUUUGGCUAACGUGUCUGGCAUGUCCGUUCUGAGGUCAUUCAGACUGCUAAGGGUAUUCAAGCUGGCUAAAUCAUGGCCCACGCUCAACAUGCUGAUUAAAAUAAUUGGUAACUCAGUUGGGGCUUUGGGCAACCUAACUCUGGUGCUGGCCAUUAUUGUCUUCAUCUUUGCUGUGGUGGGCAUGCAGCUGUUUGGCAAGAGCUACAGGGACUGUGUGUGUAAAAUCUCUACUGACUGCACUCUGCCCCGCUGGCACAUGCACGACUUCUUACAUUCGUUCCUCAUCGUAUUCCGAGUGCUUUGUGGAGAGUGGAUAGAGACCAUGUGGGACUGUAUGGAGGUGGCUGGACAGGGCAUGUGCAUCAUCGUCUUCAUGAUGGUCAUGGUCAUUGGAAACCUUGUGGUGCUGAACCUGUUCCUGGCCCUGCUGCUGAGCUCAUUCAGUGCUGACAAGAUAACGCCGGCAGAUGAGGACAACGAUAUGAACAACUUGCAGAUUGCCAUUGGAAGAAUCCAGAAUGGCAUCGCCUUCACCAAGUCCCUGCUUCAGCGCACCUUCGACAGUGUCUGUCUCAGGAAGAAGAGAAAGAAGGGCAUGGAUGAGGAGAAAAUUCAUGAUGAUCUCCACAAACCUCUUGGUCAUUUUCUCCCCAAUCACAACAACACUGUGGAGCUCAUCAAAGACUUUCCUAAGAAUAGCAAUGGGGAUGUUACCGGAGUGGAUAAAAGUGGAGACAAGUACAUAGUCAGCAGCAUGAGUGAGGAUUCUAUGAUGUCCUUUAUCCACAACCCUAGUCUGACGGUCAUUGUGCCUAUCGCUGUGGGAGAGUCAGACUUUGAAAAUCUCAACACAGAGGACUUCAGCAGUGACUGCUCUGAAGUAGAGGGAAAUAAAGUGAUACCAGAGGAGGACGGCCAGCUCAGCUCCUCUGAGGGCAGCACGGUGGACCUUAGGGUUCCUGGAGAGGGAGGAGAAUCUUUGGACAUAGAGCUGGAAGAGUCUGUGGACCCCGACGGCUGCUUCACUGAUGGAUGUGUGCAAAAGUUCCAGUGUUGCCAAGUAAAUGUGGAGGUGGGCUGGUGGAAGAUGUGGUGGACAUUAAGAAAAACGUGUUUCCGGAUAGUGGAGCACACCUGGUUUGAGAGCUUCAUCAUCUUCAUGAUCCUGCUUAGCAGCGGAGCACUGGCAUUUGAAGACAUCUACAUAGAGACGAGGAAGACCAUUAAGACCAUGUUGGAGUUUGCAGAUAAAAUCUUCACCUACAUCUUCAUUCUGGAAAUGUUACUGAAGUGGGUGGCAUACGGCUUUGCCAAAUAUUUCACAAAUGCCUGGUGCUGGCUGGACUUCCUAAUUGUUGAUGUUUCACUGGUCAGCUUGGUUGCAAACGCCAUAGGCUAUGCAGAUCUGGGUCCCAUAAAAUCUUUGAGGACACUGCGAGCUCUAAGACCCCUGAGAGCCCUGUCACGGUUUGAGGGCAUGAGGGUGGUUGUCAAUGCCCUGCUGGGGGCCAUCCCUUCCAUCUUCAACGUGCUGCUGGUAUGCCUCAUCUUCUGGCUUAUCUUCAGCAUCAUGGGAGUCAACCUGUUUGCCGGAAAGUACUACAAGUGUGUCAAUGCAACAACAGAUGAAAGUUUCAGUAUGUAUGAGGUGAACAACAAGUCAGAGUGUCUAGCCAUGGGGAACAGUUCUCGCUGGAAGAAUGUCAAGGUCAACUUUGAUAAUGUUGGUGCAGGUUACCUUGCACUGCUGCAGGUGGCUACAUUCAAAGGCUGGAUGGAUAUUAUGUAUGCUGCUGUGGACUCUCGAACCAAGCAGGAGGAACAACCUGAGUAUGAGAUAAAUCGUUAUAUGUACCUGUACUUUGUCAUUUUCAUCAUAUUUGGAUCCUUCUUCACACUCAAUCUCUUUAUUGGUGUCAUCAUAGACAAUUUUAAUCAGCAAAAGAAAAAGUUUGGAGGUCAAGACAUCUUCAUGACGGAGGAACAGAAGAAAUACUACAAUGCCAUGAAAAAGCUGGGCUCAAAGAAACCACAAAAGCCCAUACCUAGACCAGCAAACAAGAUUCAAGGACUUGUCUUUGAUUUUACCACAAAACAAGCCUUUGACAUUGUAAUAAUGGUCCUCAUAUGUCUUAAUAUGGUCACCAUGAUGGUGGAAACUGAUGAUCAAACAGAAGAAAAAAACAUCAUUCUCUACAGGAUUAAUGUCGUCUUCAUUGUCAUCUUCACUGGAGAGUGUGUGCUAAAGAUGAUCUCGCUCCGCCAUUAUUUCUUCACCAUUGGUUGGAAUGUAUUUGAUUUCAUCGUAGUUAUUCUGUCAAUCAUCGGUAUGUUUCUCUCAGAGCUUAUUGAGAAGUAUUUUGUCUCACCAACCUUGUUCAGAGUCAUCCGACUGGCAAGGAUUGGACGCAUCCUCCGUCUUAUUAAAGGUGCCAAAGGAAUCCGCACAUUGUUGUUUGCCUUGAUGAUGUCACUUCCUGCCUUGUUCAACAUUGGUCUCCUGCUCUUCCUGGUGAUGUUUAUCUUUGCCAUUUUUGGCAUGUCAAACUUUGCUUACGUCAAGAAGGAAGACGGCAUUGAUGACCUUUUCAAUUUUGAGACGUUUGGCAACAGCAUGAUCUGUUUGUUUCAGAUCACCACCUCAGCAGGGUGGGAUGGCCUACUCGCCCCCCUUCUCAACAACAUGAACAAUUCUGACUGUAAAAAUGACACAGAGCAUCCUGGCAGCUCUGUUAAGGGAGACUGUGGAAACCCCUCAGUUGGAAUUGUGUUCUUUGUUAGCUACAUCAUUAUCUGCUUCCUUAUUGUUGUAAAUAUGUACAUUGCAGUCAUCCUGGAAAACUUCAGUGUGGCCACUGAGGAGAGUGCAGAGCCGCUAAGUGAAGAUGACUUUGAAAUGUUCUAUGAGGUCUGGGAGAAGUUUGAUCCUCAGGCAACCCAGUUCAUGGAGUAUAAAAUGCUGUCAGAUUUUGCGGACGCCCUGAGCGCGCCAUUGCGUAUAGCGAAACCCAACAAGGUUCAGCUGAUCUCUAUGGACCUGCCCAUGGUGAGUGGUGAGCGCAUUCAUUGCCUGGACAUCCUGUUCGCAUUCACCAAACGUGUCCUGGGGGAGGAUGGGGAGAUGGACAUGCUAAGGGGCCAGAUGGAGGAGCGCUUCAUGGCCUCCAAUCCCUCCAAGGUGUCCUACGAACCUAUCACCAGUACCCUCCGCCGUAAACAGGAGGACAUGUCGGCCGUUGUCAUUCAAAGAGCAUACAGACACUAUGCUGUUAGGCGUGCUGCAGUUGAGUCCACUGACACAUUCAGUGAAAAAAAUCAGAGUGGGGAAUCAUGCACUGACAAGGAGGAUCUUGUUAUAGACAAAUUGAAUGGCAUUUCUAGUACAGAUAAAAAUGACCUAACGCCACCCACAGCUUCGCCGCCCUCAUGUAACAGUGUGGCAACAGCAGACAAAAACAAAUAUGAAAAAGACAAAAAUGAAAAGGAGAUAAUUGGCAAAGAUGUCAAGAAGCAAGAUAUGUAA